AAACCAACCAAACCCUACCCUCCAAACGAAAUCAACUCUGCAAACCUAGAUCCCCGUCUUGUCAGUCAGGAUCUUCUCUCCUACAGACCACGUCCCCCGCGAUGGCUUCCGGCGAAACCCCCAACCCUAACACCGACGCCACCAACCCAGCCGCCGCCCCUGCCCUCUCGUCGCCGCCGCCGCCGCCGCUCCCACCGCGCAAGCGCCGCCUCUCCCCGUCCCCGUCCCCAUCCCCCACUCGCUCCGCAUCCCGCUCCCGCUCCCGCUCCCCGCGCUCCGCAUCCCGCUCCCUCUCCCCGCGCGGCCGCCGCAGCCAGAGCCGGAGCCGGAGCCGCAGCCCGCAGUGCCACCCGGAGGGCAAGCGUCGGCGGCACAACGACCUCACCGUCGAGGCGUGCCGUGACUUCCUGCGCGACAGGUGCGCCCGCUCCGACAUCGAGUGCAGAUACGCGCACCCGCACCACUCCGUCUCCGUCGACCGGGACAACAAGGUGACGGCGUGCGCGGAUUCGCUGAGGAACAAUUGCUUCCGCGGGAGGACAUGCCGCUACUACCACCCGCCUCCCCACAUCCAGGAGUUAUUGUUGAGAUCAAUUGGUGUGGAAGACACAAAGGUGAAGAUGCAGGUUUGCAGAGAUUUUGCACGUGGGAAAUGUUCAAGAUCAGCAAAUGAGUGCCGAUUCUUGCACCAUUCAUCUGUUGAAGAUUGUACAAUUGUUUGCCAAGAUUUCUUGCGUGGACGGUGUGAACGCAAAUCAUGUAGGUACUCUCAUGUGGUUGCACAUCCAAUGCCAAUGAGCAAUAUUCCUAUUCAAUACCCUGAGAUGGUUUACAUGCCACCACCACCACCCCUUGGAGUACCUAUGAUGAUGGGGCCUCCCCCUUCGUCUCCUAGAACUUUUGCUGAUAAUAAGAACACAUUGGAAGUUUGUAGGGACUUCUUGAAGAAUAUGUGUAAUAGAGAAUCCUGCCGAUUUGCACACCCUGAGACACAUACUUCGGUAAUGAAUGACAAGGUUGAAGUUUGCCGUGAUUUUAAACGAGGAGAAUGCAAUCGACCUACCUGUCGCUUUUACCAUCCAUACGCAGGCUGAAGUUUCUGUUAGCUAAAGUAAAGUAAACUAUACCCAGUAACUCUUUUUUUUUUGGUUAGAUCCAGAAUCAAAUUACUAUACAUGGUGAGUUCUCCCCAGAAAUACCUAGUUACAGUCUUACAGAAUUAACUUUAACCUCAAUUUCUUUAUGGAUGUUUUGUUUAUCCAUUCAAACCAGCUAGAGCAAUAUAUUAAACAAAAUUAAGAUUGCCGAUUUUCGUCAUUCGAGUAUUCGUGUCACUUGGGUAAACUAUUGUAUACCCUCCAAAUAUUCAUCAUGGAAUACAACUAUUGUCCAAUCAAAACAAAGCAGUUCAAUGAAAAUGUUGGUUAUAUAAGAUUACUAAUUUUGUCCAUCGGAUGCUCAUGCCAUUUGGCUAAGCUAACAUGUACCGUUUGAGUGAUCUUCUGUCUGAUCAGCUUCGUUAUCUUCUAUUCCACGUCUGAUGGCAUGAGUUUGGUAUGAUCAAUUCUGUUCAUUAACCGGAAAAGUUCCUCCACUAGAGUUGCUCUUAGAUGCUUGAACUCCACAACAAUGACAAAUAACCUGUAGUAUGAGUCCACUGCUACAGAAAUAUUCUAGUUUAUGGUGUUGGGCCUGCAGGUUGAAAGUUGAAACUGCUGCUAAAAUGGCCUUGUGAUCUGCUCUGCUCCUGCGUUUUCCCUCCCACCAACUAAUUUUUUAAGUAAUGAGUUGAUAAAUGAAUGACUCAUUUUAGGUCAAGAGUUUCUUUCAAGUGCCAUUGCAGUUAUUUAUUUUCGUUAACCGAGUCAUCUGACAUAUUUCAUGCCUAACAGUGGGUGUUAUAGAAUUAAUUGUCCCUAUAGCUGUUGCUAUGUAAUGAUCCACUGAGAAACCGUUUAGUGUCUAAAAAUCAAGACUCUGCUUUUAUUCU